AUGGAUCGCUCGUUAUCCUCGAUACCUUCGUUAAGCUUUUGGAAACGAGGCGUCGUCAAUUACGAUAAUGAUGAUGAUGAUGAUGAUGAUGAUGGUGAUGAUGAGGAGGAGGAGGUGGAGGAGGACAAGGUGGAGGAGGAGGAGGAGGAGGAGGAGGAGGAGGCCAGCGAUAGGAUCCUAUCAGACCAUAUGCCCCCUGUUUUGUCCGUUCGUGAAAAGGAGAAAUUCGUUGACAACGGCACGACAUACGUUUUCGAUAAGGUUUCAAAAGACGGCGAAACGCAGUUCUGGCGUUGUGAUCAACGUUCUUCCUGCAAGGCGCAUAUUCAUGUUCACCAAGGAAGAAUAACCAAGCGUAUUGGUGCCCAUGCACACCUCGGAGACGCAGCCAACGCUGAAGUGAUGACAGCCCUGACGGACUUGAGAAAUCGGGCCGUUGUCGAGGCAUGGCAUCGUUCUGUCCACUGGGUGAAAUUCGGCCUUCGAUUAGGAAAUUCAUUAGAGGACUUACUCGAUCGCAAAAACUUAGAGCACUGA